AUGCUACUAGACAGUACAUUACUAGAGGAGAAUACUUCUCCUUUUUCCACCCCAAGUAAACAUAGAAUACUCUCUGCUACAAGUGCAAGGAAGGACGUAUCUGACAACAGAAUAAGUCCUCAUAAUCAAUCCAAUGCUGCUACAAAUUCUCCAUUUACACCUGGAACAAACGAUAGUAUAUUUCGUUCAUCAACGAGAUUGAACCACAUGAAUUCUCCCCCAUCCCGAUCCUCUCCUCUGUCUUCAUUUAAAAAGGGUAGUACAACCCCUGUUAAAUUAUCGCUCAGUAUAGGGAAGAAUGGUAAGGCAACCAUUGUGGGUGCUACAACGCCAACACAAUUAUCCUCCACUUCUUCACCUUCCACUUCCAUGGUACUUAGCCCAGCAAGUAAUGAAAAAUCAAGAGUGUUGGAUCUUUUAAAGAAAAUGAGAAAUAAAACCAACAACAUUAACAAAAAAUCAUACAAUUUGAAAAAGAAUGGAACCAAUGACUCCAUUACAAAACCUGUCCAUAUAGCCAAUAGGAAACCAAUUAUUAAUGUCAAGAGACGAAGAAGUUCCGUGGUGGUUCCUCCGGAGCUGUCGACCAUUGUAGAAACUAAUAGUUCUUCACCUUCUCAUGAGGAGAAGGGAACUGUAGUAUUACCUUCUAUUGCCGUGUCAAGCCCAUCAUUGGCACCAUCAACUCCUGGUGCAACUAUGGUGGGGACCAAUAUACUGCAUUUUAAGACGGGAUUAACACCUUCCAUGGGAUUGGAUAAAAUUUUAUUGGAGAGUGUAUCACCCGGUAGAAACAAUGCCAAUAAUAAUACUUCCCAUUUAACUCAUUUCAGUAGCCCCAGUUCAAUAAUGUUUUCACCUAGAAAUAAGGCACCACUGCUACCAAAACCAAUUCAUCAGGGAUACCAUCAAUCAUCGAUGGGGUAUUCAUAUGAUGAUGGGAAUGGUAACUGGAUAGAAUUUAAUAAUCAAUUGCUAGCGUCGUCAUCAUUACCACCGCCACCUCAAGGAUUUUCCCCCGGAAGGAGACAAUCUUGGAUAAGGUUUGAGUCACCUGGACCCUCCAUGCUAAGUAUGCUCAAUGUGGACGCCAAAAACUCACCUUUACCCAUCUCAUCCACAGACAAAGACACUACUCAAUCAAACAAAAGUUUCCAAUUAUCACCUUUAUUGAUUACAGAUGAUAAGGAGCAACAACGAUCAACUGAAGAACAAGAUGAUGCCAGAACGGCGUUGAAGAAAAACUUAUUCUCUACUAAUAUUUAA